AUGCAGCCCUCGAGUCCGACAUCCAGCAGAGGGUGCUCCCGGAGCAGCCAACAGUUCGACCCCCAGUUGCUGCUGAACGCGGCUGGAUUUUCUCCGAAGGCGCCCCAGCAGACCCAUCAUCCCCCCGGCGUCACCUCACAGCCUCGCGGGCAUUGUGUUGCAGCCCCAUCUCCAGCGGCUGCUCGUGGCGUUGGUCGGGGUGCUGACAGCUCGAAGCAGUUUAAGUGCUCGUUCUGCGAUAGACUCUUCUCGACCAAGGGAAACAAGGUGCGGCACGAACAAGCGACUCAUCUGCAAGGGGUAAAGACCUACCCUUGCGAGGUCUGCGGGAAAGAGUUCAAACGAAAGGAGGACCGAACGAUGCACAUGCGAGUUCACACAGCUGGCGCCGUCUAG